AUGGGCUUUAAGUACUGUGCUAAGAGUUCUAAGGAUCAUAUCACCAUCUUCUUGAUCUUAUGUAUUGCCUUACUCAUUUCCGGAUUUGGUAUUGCACAACCAAAUUCUUUUGAUGUUAUGAGCUAUCAAGCUGUUGGUGAUGGCAUAACUGAUGAUUCGGAGGCCUUUCUGAAAUCAUGGGCUGCGGUGUGUGGAGCCGAUCCUUCAGCCACUCCCACCCUCACCAUACCUUCUGGGAAGACAUUCUUGUUGAAGCCUACAAAGUUCUAUGGUCCUUGCAAACCUCAGAAGAUUAAUGUUGAGGUUUCAGGGAGCAUAGUUGCACCCGAUUCCAAAUCAGGAUAUGAGGGACACAAUGAGUGGCUUUCUUUCAAAGGCAUAGAUGGCCUCAACAUCUCUGGAACUGGCGAAAUUGAUGGCCGAGGCAGUGUUUGGUGGCAAAAAAAUACUGCACUAGCUUUCCAUUGUUGCAAUGGUCUUCAACUAAGUGGACUGAAGCAUAUGAACAGCCCAAAGAAUCAUAUCUCCAUCAAUAAUUGCACUGAAGUAAUUAUUUCUCUUCUCAAUAUCACUGCGCCACAAAACAGCCCAAACACUGAUGGUAUCGACAUAUCAGCCUCAACCCAUGUUCUGAUCCGUGACUCUUGCAUUGGUACAGGCGAUGAUUGUGUAGCCAUUAACUCUGGCAGCUCUUUUAUCAACAUUACGAAUGUUACAUGUGGACCAGGCCAUGGCAUAAGUGUGGGAAGCUUAGGAGAAAAUGGAGCUCAUCAUACAGUGGAAGAGGUCCAUGUGAAUAAUUGUAGUUUCAAUGGAACCAUGAAUGGAGCAAGGAUCAAGACAUGGCAGGGAGGAUCUGGAUAUGCUAAGAAUAUCUCUUUUGAGCAAAUUACACUUGUGAGUGUAAAGAACCCCAUCAUCAUCGACCAAUAUUACAUUGAUAGAAACUCACCACAAAAUGCUACCAAUGUUGAAGUGAGCAAUGUGACAUUCAUAGGAUUUCAUGGGACUACAACUUCAAAAAAUGCCAUCACAUUGAAGUGUUGUGGCAGUGUGGGUUGCACCAACAUUGUACUGAACCAAAUUAAUAUCACAGCAGUUCUAGAGAGUGAAACUUCCUCUAUUUGCAGUAACGCCCAUGGAAAAGCUACAGAUUUUACUGCUGCUCCACCGCCUCCACCUGCCGCAAAGGAGGAAGAGAAGCUGGCAGAGGAGGGGAAGAAGACCGAGACUGGAGAGACCCCUGCGCCUGUGCCUGCUCCUGCUAAGGAAAAGGCAGAAGCUACUGAAGAAGCUAUUGCCGUGGCGUCGACACCAACAAAGACGGAAGAGCCCUCGAGGCUAGAGACUAGAGAUGUUGCAGAGCCGGCACCGGUGGAGGAAGUGAAGGAAGAGAAGAAAGAAAGAGGCGACAACAACAAAACCAGAUUCGGCAUCGGAACGGGAAGAGGCACCCGCAGCGGAAGCUGA